CUCUUAGCGGGUUGCGGGGAGGCUCGGGUGUCACUUUGACUGCACGCGAGCCAGCGAGCAGAUGGGCAAGCGUGUGGAAAACACAGCAGAGAUGGGAGGAGAAGCAAACAAGCAGAACCGCUGGAGGAGAUGCUGGCGAUCCCUGCGCGAGAUGGAGGAGUGGAAGCUGACGGUGCUGCUCUUCCUCUCCAGCCUGAGCCUCUGGGGGCUCUGCACGCUCGUGCUGCCCUGCACCACCAGCUUGGUGGCCGUCCUGGGUCUGGGCAUCUUCAUGACCUGGUGGCCCAACAUCAAGGCCAAGGUCAAGGGGACCUCUGCGGGGAAGAGACGUCGCAGCAGCAGGAGGAAGGACCCGAUAGGAUCUUCUGUCCCCUGGGAAGGCGUGGAGGGCUCUACCGAGAGCCUGAAGGCAAGGUCGGGGAAGCCCCAUGGAGGAGAACGGUGGGAAAGCGGCUACGGGAGGGAAGCAGCCUCUGCAAGGGAGCUCCCCUCGGAGACCAGAGACGUGCGUCGACGUGGAAAUUCCAGUGCUGCCAGCAGCUCAGGAAGGCAGCCCUCCGUCGCCAACAUGGAGGAGCUCGCCAGAUCCCUGAUGGAGUCCCUGAACAUCACCCAAAUCUGCCGCAACCUGCUGGGAAAGCUGAACAUAGCUCAGGAUAGCAGCGCUCCAGUCCUGUGCGGAGCCACGUGGGAAGAAUAUCCCGUCUGCCUGCAGUGCCGUCGAUGCCUCACCGGCAGCUGCCCGCACUGCAGCCAGCCCGCGGCAGAACAGGACCUGCCCACGCUGGCCGUCACCCUCUGCGCUGUGGACAUGCUGGUGCACGAGGAGGACCUCCAGCUGGAACUGGUGCUGGGCUUUGAGCUGGCCAUCAGCGGGGAGCCGGUCUACGUGUGGGAGGUAACCCGGCGGCUCCCCAAAAUCGCCCCUGAGAGGUGCUGCGAGGAGUGCAACGCGCCUCUGCCCAGGAGCCCCGGGGACGGCAAGGGCUCGCGGGCAUCGUUCCCCGUGCCCGGGUCCCCGGGAGCACCAGCGGGACAGAUGAGGCCGGGCAGGCAGGACGCGAGGCAGACCGGGGCGAAAUGCAGCGAUAUCAGCCGUGCCGACCUGCGGCCAGCCGGGCCGUGGGAUUCUGUCCCCGCCAUGGUCCCCACGUGGCCCCUGCCCCCGUGGGCACAGCCUCCCCCUCCCGGGGCCCUGGACCGGCUACGGAGAGUCGGGCUGGAGCCCCUGCCCUUGGUGGGCUACAAGGGCCUGCAGCAGGGGGUCAGGCUGCAGCGCAUCCGGCAGUCCUGGUGCCAAGUGAAGAGCAGCGUGCGAGGGAGCUUGGCGCCCAAGGGCACCACGGAAGGGGACCCGCGGCUGCCGUUCCACCUCCGGUUUCAGGUCAACGCGCUCUUCCACGCCAUGGCGAUGGAGGCGUGAGGAGCACCGGCAAGAAAAGGGCAGGCCAGAAGAGACUACCCGCUGGGCAGAACCCCAGCCGAUGGGGAGAAGUGACUGGGGCUUCCCUGCCCAGCAGCAGCCCCUCUCGGUCCCCGUCGUCCCCGAGACAUCGCUGUCUGCCUGCUGCCGUCCUGCCCAGAGGGGAAGGCAGGGCCAUGCCUGCUCUGCUCCCCGUGCAGCUGAGGGACCAGGCUGCCGGCCAGGGCACGGACACUGGGGAGAGGCAGCGGGAAGAGAGGCUGCCACUGGGAAGCCGCGGGGAAGACGGAGGGCAGGAGGAAGGGGCUCGUCUUGAGAAGCAGCCAGCGACACGCGGUCUCCCCACUAACGCGAGGCCUCUGCGGAGAAGCCAUCAGGGAAACCCAACUUUUAUUGACCGAUUAAAAGAGUAGCAUCCU